UGCAUCCACUUGGCCCGGGAUGUGCUGGAUUUUGGUUGUCGAAGGAGUUCGCCUGCUUCUCCGGAGAAGGAUGGCCACGUGCUUCCUAUGGAAUCUGCUUCUCUGGGAAGCUCUUAUUCCCAUUGCAGUGAUUGGUGCUCAAGUGCUGAGCAAGGUGGGGGACUCCGUGCUGCUGGUGGCCGAGCAUCCUCCAGGCUUCCAAGUCCGMGAGGCCAUGUGGAGAUCUCUCUGGCCUUCAGAGGAGCUCCUGGCCACGUUUUUCCGGGGCUCCCUGGAGACUCUGUACCACUCCCGCUUCCUGGGCAGAGCCCAGCUGCACAGCAACCUCAGCCUGGAGCUCGGGCCCCUGCAGUCUAGAGACAGUGGCAAUUUCUCGGUGCUGAUGGUGGACACAGGAGGUCGGGCCUGGACCCAGACCCUGCAGCUCAAGGUGUAUGAUGCGGUACCCAGGCCCACSGUCCAGGUGUUCAUUGCUGUAGCAGGGGAUGCUCAGCCCCUCAAGACCUGCCAGGCCUUCUUGUCCUGCUGGGCCCCUAACAUCAGUGAUAUCACCUAUAGCUGGCGACGGGAGGGGACAGUGGGCUUUGGUGUUGAGCCACAGAGCCUCUUCACAGACGGACAGGUGCUGAGUGUUUCCCUGGGACUAGGAGACAAGGACGUGGCCUAUUCCUGCAUUGUCUCCAACCCUGUGAGCUGGGACUUGGCCACAGUCACCCCCUGGGAGAGCUGCCAUCACGAAGCAGCACCAGGGAAUGCCUUCUACAAGGAUAUGUUACUGGUGGUGGUGCCCAUCUCGCUGCUUCUGUUCCUGGUUGGUCUCUUCUUCGCAUGGCACUGUGGCCUCUGCUCAGGGAAAAAGAARAGGGACACCUGUACUGACCGAGUGGCUGCAGAGACAGAGAACCCCCUUGUGUAGAAAGWGCCACGAGAGACAAUAAAAUCUGACCACUGGGUCAAGAGGAAACCCCUGUCCAAGCACAUGAUGCGCCUGGGACACAGCUGAUACCUGGAAACCUUCAGGGACCUUCUACCUCCUAUGACAUUCCUGGAACAGCCUGGGCAGCUGUCACACUGGCAAGACAGAAAGUAUUGGCAUAAACUCCGACACCUCUCCCUUCUUUCUCCUCACUGUUCACGUCCUGGCUCUCACUGCUGGACAAGACAGGACUAACAGGACGUUCCCUCAAGAACACCAGGAGGCCGGGAAUGGUGGCACACGGCUGUGAUCCAACCCCUCUGGAGGCUCAGGAGGAUKGCAAUGUGAAGCCAGCCUGKGCAGCUUAGCAAGACCCCGACUCAAAAAGAACGAUAAUGAAAAAGGCUGAGGAUGUGGCUCAGUGGUAAAGCACCCCUGGGUUUAGACCCAAUACUACCAGAAAGACUUUCUCCAAGUCACAUGGACACGGAUUAUUCAAGACACUCACCAUUCCCCAAAGAACUGUCUCCAGCUCUGGUCCUGGGCUCUAAAU